AUGCAUUUUGGAUUACAGACCCUAGGAAAUGAUGAUGAUGUCCUCAAUCUUGCCCAGUAUGUGAAUGAUCAUAAACUGAUAAGGGUUUACACUGAACAUGUUAAUGAAGCUACUUUAGCCUUGUCGACAUCCCCUGAGUAUAAUAAGAAAAUGGAUUUUAUCAAAGACAAACCGUUGUCAUCAUGCAUUAAGAAAUUAGCCAUGGAUAGUGUUUGUGUUGUUAAGAUUGGUGAGAAUAAGGAUGAUGCAACUAAUGAUAUUGACCAGGGAUUUAAUGAAUUUGAUGAGGAAGUUAAUGAGUUUGAUCUUAGGUUGUACCAACAUAUUUUACAGUCUAAUUUUGCAGUUAAUGAACAAAAUGUAGAUGAUAAGGUCCAUGAAGGUGAGGACAAUGCAGUUAAUGUGUUCCAUGAAGGUGAGGACAAUGCAGUUAAUAUGGAAGUUACUAAAGAAUUCAAUGAAAUGAAUGGAUUCAAUGAAUUCAAUGAAAUGAAUGAAAUCAAUGAUGAGAAUGUAGAUAUGAUAGAUUUUGUAGUUGAUGAUGGAAUUGAAGAUAAUAUAGAGACUGAUGAAGAGAAUCACGAAAGAAGUGAUGGGAGUGAGGAUAGUGAUGACAGUGAAUUCUGGGUUGAUGAAGACAACAUAAUCCCUGAUGCUGAAGUAGAUAUGAGGGAUUUUUACAUGAAUAUCGAUCUUGAAGCAUAA